UAUAAAUAUGCCUCACUCAUUCGGUUACAGGGCUAGAACCAGACACAUGCAUGCAAGACCAAACAGAAAGCAUGGUCUGCAAACUCCUUCUAAAGCUUUGACUAUUUUCAAAAUGGGAGAUCUCGUCGAUAUUGUCACUGAUGGUGCCGUCCAUAAAGGUAUGCCAUACAAAUGCUAUCACGGUAAAACCGGAAAGGUCUUCUCAGUCUGCCCAAGAGGUAUUGGAGUCGCUGUUAGCAAGAGAGUCAGAACUAGAAUUUUAACCAAGAAACUCUACGUCAGACACGAGCAUUUGAGAAAGUCUAAAUGCAGAGAUGCUUUCUUGAGAAGAAUUAAGAGAGAUUUGAAGAAGAAACAAGAAGCCAAGAAAGAGGGAAAGAUUAUCAGCACUAAAAGAGUUCCACCACAGCCAAGAAGAGCCCAUGUUGUCAAGGAAGAAAACAUUGAAUACUUAGCUCCUCUCAGAUUCAGAGAUAUUUUCUAAUUGCUUGAUAAACAUAAU